AUGGCUGUGACCAUUCUCGGCAUUCUUUGGCGAGAUUUAACGACUGCUCAGAGAAGUUCAACUGCACUAUGGGUUGUGAACUCUGAUACUCCGGCCACUAAUGUCGUAGAAGCAGGAUUUCAUGUAUAUCCUUCAUUAUAUCAAGACAGCAAGCUUCAUUUCUUCAUAUUUUGGACGGCGGAUGGCUAUAAAUCAACCGGUUGUUACAAUCUUAAGUGCCAAGGCUUCGUAAUGGUUAAUUGGGAUAUACUUACACCAGGAGAUAUAAUUGAUAACGGUCCUCAGACAGGAGACUGGUUAUUAUUUAGAGAAGAUACUGGCAAACCCCAACUAAUAGGGUAUUGGCCAAAGUCACUCUUUACCACUUUAGAUAAGAGUGCAAGCACAGUAAGAUGGGGUGGAUCUGUUAGCUAUUUAAGUGACGCAACAGGCCCUCCAAUGGGUAGUGGACAUUAUGCAAGUGAAUUGGAAGGAAAAGCAGCGUACAUAAAAAAUAUUCAGCUUUUCAACUCAGAAGGCCAAUCUUAUGAUCUUCUUGAUGGUGCACAAAAUCCAUAUACUGAUAAGAUAGACUGUUACAAUGUUUCGGCACUUGUUAACUCAGGCAGAUAUGGAUAUCAAGAUGGAUGUAUGUUUUAUUUCGGCGGACCUGCUGGUUGUACUAGUUGA